GUCAAAGAUGUCGACGCGAUUCUGGUUCCUUCUGGUGGAGGUGGGCUUGUAGCGGGCACUUGUGUGGCGGCUAAAGCGCUCUCUCCAAAUACAAAAGUGAUCGCUUUAGUGCCAGAAAACUGCCCAUCUCUCCUUAAAUCUCUCGAAGCAGGAAAACCAGUAUUCACCAAAAGCAAUCCUACACUAGCCGAUGGUCUCGCUGUACCUCUUGUUGGUGUCAACUCGUUUCACACAUUGAAAAGUAGGUAUUUCGAUUUUCAGAAGCGAAGCGAGAUUUUCAGCGGGAACAAGCCAGCUUUCUCUUAUGAAGUAGACAUGGUCCGGGAAGACCUCUGA